AUGGAUAUUACCAGGUGCACGGAGAAAUGGGUAAAACAAGACAAGGUUACUGUAAACCAUGGAGCUCUCAUUUCAUAAACCAUGACAUUCAUGCACAGUUAAGAAACACAGUUUAACUUCAGUCAAUCAGAGGAUAGUUUGGGGUGAAGCAUCUCCUCAAGCCGCCUGAUGUAGCAGGUGUAUUUACUGACUUUACUGAUAGGGGUUUAAACAGAAAUACAUGUUCAAGUCACCAUCAGCUCUUGAGUUUUUGGAUUCACAUUAAACUGUGUAGGGCACAGGUGUCAAACUCAAGGCCCGGGAGCCAAAUCUGGCCCGUGGAACAAUUAUAUCUGGCCCACAAGAUCAUAUCAUAUUUGUAUUAUUAUUGGCCCACCAGUAUGAGGUCUGGAGAAGUAAACAGUGUAAGUAAAUUGAAUGACCGAAUGUGGAGCUAAAUGGGCGAUUUGUUUAUUUUGGGUCUUGUAUACCUGCAAAAAUACUCAGGGCUGUAAACUAGUUCACUGUGUUAUCUAGUAUUUGUCUACAUUUGUUAUACUGUUGAGUUAAAAUGUUUUUUAUAUUUUCUAUAUUUUUAUAUGUUAAUAAAAUGUUAAACUAAUCUGUAGUUUUGUGAGUUUUUAGUACAGAUGCUUUAAAACAGACAGUUAAAAAAAUCGUGAUAAUAAUCGAGAUCGGAUGAUAUGACAGGCCUACUUUAGCAUCAUUGUUUAAAAUGUCCUUAAUAAGCCACGAAAAUCUGGCAAAUUAAAGGGUAGUGAAGAUUUGAUAAAUAGUCAAGAAUGUGGGGGGAAAUAUUUGGUGUUUUAUUUCAUGCUUUCAAUUUUGCAUUUCUAGAUUACAAGUCAAACAUGAUUGGAUUUUUUAUUUCAUGCUUUGAUUUAAUUGAAAAUUAAAAUAAAAAUUUCCAUCUCAAAUUGGCUUUAAACUUGUCUUCUUAUCUGUUUUGAAUUUCCAAAUGAUUUAUAAUCAUGGCUGUUUUUGUUACAUAUUUUUUGAAAAGGAGGUUGACAGUUUUGGUGAAAUGUUGACCCUGUUUGGCCCUCAGGUUAGACCUAAAUCCAGAUUAUGGCCCUUGCUGUGGUUGAGUUUGACACCCCUGGUAUAGGGUAUAUUUAAUAUCCAGAUGUAAAAUCCUAAUGUCUCAGUAAAAGACAAGGACACUAAAAUUUUCUAUUUAUUUGUUUUUAUGUGUUUGCUUUCAGCACACACACCCCACACUUCAUUUUCAUCUUUCUUAGAGGAUUUUUUUUGCAUCAAAUACAUUAGUUUGGACAUUGAAGUAUCAAUCAUUUCACUUAGAAAAGGCUUCUCUUCUGGGGGCUUUUGUAGAUGUAUUUUUGAUCCAUGUUCCUGUUUAUUCUCUGUUCAGGAGAGGCCUCCAACAUCCUCUAUGAUGCUGUCUAGCAAGAAGUCAGAUGCUGGUUCCUCUUCCUCCUCCUCUUCAUCUUCUGCUGGGGCGGCAGGAAUGGAUAGAGCCCCAGUUACUGAUGCCCAGACUGGUCCCUCAGCAUCAGCUGCAAGCACCAUGGAUGUGAAAAAGAAGGAGAGGUCAUCCCCUAGUGGGGAACCAGGUGGAGCUCCUUUGCCCCACCAAGGAGGCCCUGGUGCUGCAGACCAAGAUUCUGCUGAAGUUCGCAGAACAAGUCGUCGCAAGCGAGCAAAAGUAAACAUUUAAGGGUUCUCCUUCCUCCCGCUAGGCCAAGCGGGAGGAAAAAGAGCUGAGAUAGAACAGAUAAAGGAACAUCAAAACAAUACUUGGCCGUGUCUGCAGCAAUUGUAAAGUUUUGUGUAGCGCUUUGUUUAAUGACUCAUUUGACAUUGUUUUAACCAGUUUGCCUUUGCAGUGAACUUUCAGGGUAUUUUUGUUUUCCCCUAUCGCCGUUGUUGGCACACAGAGUAGUGUGUGAGCACACCAGCCAACAACUGUGGUCAAUGCUGGUUUUAAUGAUGCUUUUAUUGUGCCUACCGUUGCAGGUGGAGUACCGCGAGAUGGACGAAAGCCUGGCCAAUCUCUCAGAGGAUGAAUAUUACUCUGAGGAAGAAAGGAACGCCAAGGCGGAAAAAGAAAGGAAGCAGGUUAUCCCUCCUCCAGCUCCACCAGUAGAGGAGGAGAAUGACAGUGAGCCAGAGGAACCCUCUGGUUAGUCCAAAACUAGAAUCAUUAAAGCAGUGAAAGGGAAUGUUUUUUCAUAAAGGUUAUCGUUUUCAUACUGUCAAGAUUUAUCCUUUUUGAUUCCAUUUCAGAUCUCCCGUCAUAUAAAUGCAAUGGUUGUUAUCUUUAAUGUUUAGUGACAGAUAUUGCAUUAAUUACCCAUGUAAUCAUAUGUGUUAAUUUUAGGUGUGGAAGGAGCUGCUUUUCAGAGCCGUCUUCCUCACGACCGUAUGACCUCCCAGGAGGCUGCUUGCUUUCCAGAUAUCAUUAGCGGACCCCAGCAGACUCAGAAAGUCUUCCUUUAUAUCCGCAACCGCACAGUAAGUGGUAUUUUGUUUAUCUAGGACUCCGGCUGCGAUAUCAGUGUUUUUAUGUAUCACCUAAUCUUGAUUUUCUUUUAAAUCUAACUCAGCUCCAACUGUGGCUGGACAACCCGAAGAUCCAGCUGACCUUUGAAGCCACAGCACAGCAGCUCGAAGCUCCAUACAACAGUAAGAUAACGUUUUUUCUUCUUCCAGCUGACUAUAGUCUUGUUCUUUUACGCAGCCACACAGUUGAAAGAUUUUACCCGCCUUUGUUUUCUCUCCAGGUGAUGCUAUGCUGGUACACAGGAUACACAGCUACUUAGAAAGGCACGGUCUCAUUAACUUUGGUAUCUACAAGAGGGUCAAACCUUUACCAAGUGAGUUUGCAUCAUUUGUUGAUCUAGUCAAACUAAAUUAGUCACCAUUGAAAUUUUUUUAUCAUACAGUAUUUGUAUGAUGCAAGACAUAUCGGGUCAAACUAUGAGUGUAACACUGAUUCCCUGAAUUAACAGCAAAAAAGACUGGUAAAGUUAUUGUCAUCGGAGGAGGUGUGUCUGGUCUAGCUGCAGCCAGGCAGCUGCAGAGUUUUGGGAUGGAUGUGACAGUAUUGGAGGCAAGGGUAAGAUACCCAUAUUUGUUUUUUUCCCAUAUAUGUACUUUUGUAUUUCUACAUUUUCUUAACCAGAUAUCAAUGAAAAUAUUCAAAGUUGGUGUAUUCUUAAAUGCAUAACAAUGUGACUUUGAUCCAUCCUUAUAUUCACUUAAUGCAGUAUGGUUAUCAAAUGCUCUCUGUGGUUUUUGUUCAUAACUCACCAAAGGUCCAAAAAUUUCAUUGUUUGUUAUUUUUAGCAUUGACAAUAUUUCCAUGUAAAUGUAAGAAGCUUGGACAUUUUUUUUCUUCCCAUACAGGAUCGUGUUGGAGGAAGAGUAGCCACAUUCAGGAAAGGCAAUUAUGUUGCUGAUCUUGGAGCCAUGGUGGUGACAGGACUUGGUAAGAUCCAGAACAUCACUUGUCAUAUCCUCAUAUAGUCUUAACAUAUACUUGCAGGAUGCCAGUAAUUACAUUUUAACUGGUAUGGUAGUAUUGAAAUUGAGAAUUAGCUCACACUCAAUUCUCAAUUUUACAUUGUGUUAACUUAAGACAAAAUCUGUUUUUUUUAUGUGAAAUUAUACAUUAAUUUAAAAAUAAAAAUAGAUUAAAAAAAAAUACAACGCUUGGCCUUCAGCACUGCAUGUCAGAUUUAAAGCAGUUUGUGGUCCCUGCAAAAUGUUGUCAAGAUUCUUGCUUGUCUUAUAUGUUGCCCAGUGUGGAACAAAAUCCUCUGCUUAAGGAAACAGGAAAAAAUGUAGAACUCGUGGUGCAGUUACAUAGAUCCACCUGCAGAGGGUGUUGUUGUCUGUAUUCAUGCCGGAACCUUUGUACAUGUACGUGCUUUUUCAGGAGGGAAUCCCAUGGCAGUGAUCAGCAAGCAGGUCAACAUGGAGCUGGCCAAAAUCAAACAGAAGUGUCCACUGUAUGAAGCCAACGGCCAAGCUGUGAGUAUAAUAAAACGAUUUUAUCUGUUAAAACUACUUUUUUUCUUUGCUAUUAUCUUGGAGGCUCUUUAAGAGUUUUCUCAUUUCAAUAAGUGGUUGCAUAUGUGCUACAUAGAAAAGGGUUUAUUCUUUCUUUGUUAUUAGUUCUAUUAAUUCAUGCUUUCCACGUUAUUGUUUGGCUAAUCCAUGCCUGAGUCAAAUUUUUUUUUUUAACCAUGUCUACGCUCAAGUUCCCAAACAUGAACUCACCCCCCCCCCAAAAAAAAAAAAAAAAAAAAAUUUAACUACAGUGGAGCUGCAGCUGCAGGAGACUUGUGUCCAAAUUGAGUUUUAAAAAAGCAGGACCUUGUGUUGUUCACGUCCUUUAAAAGAAGAUGUUUAUUGAUGCACAACAGUUCUGUCCUGGUAUAAAAUGUGCUCCGUGUCCGGGUUUAUAGCUAUACUUAAAGCCUGUUGUUGUCCUGGAGCAGUAAUCUGGCUUUCCAUGAGCUACAAAAACACAAUGAACAGGGGAUUCGUUUAAAUACUUACCCAUGUGUGUCAUCAACAACAGCUCCCGUAACUUUUGAGUACGGACCACAACAGAAAACAGAUAUAAGUAUAAUGUAAUUUCAAUUUGAAAUAAACUGUGUUUUCCCUGCUUUUGUUUCCUGUCCAUCAAGUGGCGGCAACAGUAGGAUGUUUAGGUUCAGUUUCAGGGCACUUCCACUGAAUUAGAGACAGGGCCCUCACAGUGCUCACAUCACAUGUGGAUGGUUUCCUGUCCUGCAGGAAAAACCAAAUUACUUGUAAUGUGUUUUACUUUUUGUGCAAACCUGUUUGACGUUAAAGUUUUGAUUACUGAAUUUGUUCUCUCUCUCUCUCUCUCUCUCCUCCCUUUUCUUUACCGGUGAAUCUCUGCAGGGCGAACGGUGCACAAGCGUAUGUAUCCCUUCUGUUUACGCACAUUCAUUAGUGGCUCUGUAAAUCUGUCAGUGAUUUAAAGCUGUGAACAACACUAGAAAAAAAAACUAUUGAGUGACAUUCUGCUUAUAAUCCCUGUGACUUAAGGUCAAGUUUAGCAGGCUCUUCCUAUUGUUUAUAUUUCUCCUGACUCCAUAACUGCCCCAAUUGGUGUGACUGAUGGUCUCAUGUCCUUGUUGUGUGCUUGCACAUGUGUCCAGGUGCCAAAAGAAAAAGACGAGAUGGUAGAGCAAGAGUUCAACAGACUGCUGGAGGCCACCUCUUACCUUAGCCACCAGCUGGACUUCAACUUCCUCAACAACAAGCCUGUUUCUCUGGGACAGGCCCUGGAGGUGGUCAUACAGUAAGUACCGUGCACGCUAGUUCAAACACAGGAGAGGGUAACCAGUUUAUUCUGAGCAGAUGGGUAGAAACGCUCUAAUCCGAACCUUGUGUUGGUGUGUUUGCAGGCUGCAGGAGAAGCAUGUAAAAGAUGAGCAGAUAGAACACUGGAAGAAGAUUGUGAAGACCCAAGAAGAUCUCAGAGAUCUCCUCAACAAGGUGAGCCGAGUUUGACACAUUUAAUACACCAAAAUUGCUGCUUUCCCAAAGUUGAGGCUUACCAAAGUUCGGAUCUGAAAAUGCUAACUUCUCCUGAACUUUCUGUUUUCCCUUUUUUUUUCUCUGUCAUUGUAGAUGGUGACCACCAAGGAACGAGUUAAGGAGCUUCACCAGCAGUACAAAGAGGCCAGUGAAGUCAAACCACCCCGAGAUAUUACAGCUGAGUUCCUGGUGAAGAGCAAGCACCGUGAUCUCACCGCGCUCUGCAAAGUGAGCUGAGUUUUGAUUUAUUUUUAAAACACAGUGUAUCAAACAAUCAUCCUCCAGAAAUCCUACAAGAUUUAAGCUGUUGACUUAAAGGGAUAUUCCAGCAUAAAAUUAAUUUGGUGUUUUUUAAAGUUGAGUCUGUCCCAAAAUUGUGGGCGAGGAACCCUUUUUUUUUUUUUUUAUUCUAUGUGACGAUUCAAGUAAAGACUAACAGCUCGAAGGGAAACUUGGAAGAUGGAAAUAUUUAUAUUUUAUAGAUGACUCAGUUAGGUCUGAUGCCCCAAAGAGCUUAAUGCAAUCCAAGUAAACCAGACAGGCUGUGUUUAAGUGGUUUAAUGCCUCCGUGGGAUGUAUUAUUAGAGUGAAUGCUCUGUUUUAUUUUUGGUGCAGAUAAAUCACCUCCACUGCUGCGACGUGUGUAUUUUAGAGGAAGGCUUUAGUUGGUUUAAACACAGCUGGUGUCUGAACUGGAUUUGUCUGCUACCCAUCCGCUUACUUGGAAACCACUUCAAGGCCUUGAAUCAUGGUCUGAUUGUCUUUAUGUCUGCGGAUGUUCGCACACACACUUUAAGUAAAGCAGGAUGAGCAUUUCAAGUGUGUGUGUGUGUGUGUGUGCUCAUGGCAUGCAUGAUUACACCAUGUAACAGGAUUUCGAAGCCAGUAAAAGGAUGGCAGUGUCCGGAAAAUUUUUGUCAGGAUAUUUUCCAGCGCUUCUUCCAUUUUGAGUAUUUUCCCACGUCUGACGGCCGGCUCGAAGGCAUCAUUAGGAUGUACGAUUUCUAAACUUGACUCAGUGUAGCUGUGUGCCCUGAGGCUUAAAACAGAAGGUGGUAUUAGCAGAGUCUUUACUGCUACUGCUGCUGUUGUUGGUUCUAUUGUGGUUCACUGAUGAACAGGUUGAGUCAGCCCAUUCUGUCAAGACUGCUUGUGCUUUCCACAUGACCUGAAACCCUCUGGGUGUGUACCUUGAACACACACACACACACACACACACACAAACACACAAAUUCAUUGUUGUACAUAUGCGUUCGCAACACCCCCACAUCCAAACAUAGUCUGACAUUCGUUCAGUUUGAUCUGAGGUAUGGUAUACAGUUUAGAGUGAGAUAAGUUGUUUUAUUGAACCUGAAAGGGAACUUGUGGCACGGUUGGAUGUAACUUACGCAACAAAUGAGUCAUCUUCUUUGUAAACAUGAUCAUUCAGGUGUAAGGUCACAAAUGAAUCAUGAAAAGAACAUUGUAUUUUGUUGUUUGUUGUGAUAUAUUAACACUCAGAUGUGUUCUAAUCUCUCUGCUGGCUGAUCCGUCCCUGUACAGGAGUAUGAUGAGCUGGUGGAGUUGCAGGUGAAGCUGGAGGAGAAACUGCAGGAGCUGGAGGCCAAUCCACCCAGGUAACAUCUCCUGUGGAAGUGGGACUUGAGAACGUAUUUGACCAAACAAGAGUGCAGCUCUCUGUGAAUCAUAUUAGAGUAUGUAAAUAACAGUCUUUGAAGCCCUGCAGCCCUUAGCAGCUAUUGUUUAUCUGAGUUCGAUGUUGUUUAUUCUUUAGGUUUCAGUGUAUUUGUACCGGUGCAGGACUAAACCUGCCCCUGUGUUUAAAUAUCAGCCCGUAUACGUUACGUCUCUGUCCUUUCUUUCUCCCACAGUGAUGUUUACCUGUCAUCCAGGGAUCGGCAGAUCCUAGACUGGCAUUUUGCCAACUUGGAGUUUGCCAACGCUACACCUCUCUCCACUCUUUCUCUCAAGCACUGGGAUCAGGUAUAUACAUGCACCCAUCCAAACUGUGUAGUGUUGAUUUCAAAGACCCUAAGGCUUCGAGUAAUCCCAUGUACACCAUCUGUCACGGGAGUUUGCUAUGCUACAGGGCUGACAGUUUCUUCAUUUUUUUUUUUUCCACAGGAUGAUGACUUUGAGUUCACUGGCAGCCACCUCACAGUGCGGAACGGUUACUCUUGUGUUCCUGUGGCCUUGGCAGAAGGCUUGGACAUCAAACUCAACACAGCGGUGCGGCAAGUUCGAUACACGGCUUCAGGUACGUCUUCUUCAGUCGUCAGAACUGGUGGUUUUAUAGAUGCUCGGUCAAUUUAUCAGUCAGUCGUUCAUGUGUGGCUUUUUUUCAGGCUGUGAGGUGAUUGCAGUAAAUACACGCUCAACAACACAGACCUUCAUAUACAAGUGUGACGCUGGUGCUGUGCACCCUACCUCUCGGCGUGUUGAAGCAGCAGCCCCCCGCCGUGCAGUUUGUCCCUCCACUGCCUGA